CGUCUCUUCUGUCAGUUGCAUUUCCUUCUCGUUGAUGGUUUCUAGUUCUUUUGCCCAUCAGUCAAGAGGUUGCCACUCGCCUUCACCCUCUUUCUAGACAGGCACCUUUCUCUGCUAAGGGUCUCUUUCCACAAUGCGUUUAAUGCACACCUCAACCAUCCUCUUCACAAGCAUUCUACUCCCGCGAACCCUAGCAUUAUGCUAUUAUCCCAACGGCGCCAUUGCAACCUCGGACGUCCCAUGCAGCAGCUCCGGAGAAUCAACAUGCUGCGCCAGUGGAUACGCAUGUCUAUCCAACAAUUUAUGUAAAUUGACACAGCAAGCAGGCGCCGGGCUUGCAAGAUCAGCCUACGCUCGAGGCAGCUGCACCGACCAAUCAUGGAAAUCAGACCACUGCUCAUCUUUUUGUCUGACGCCAUCGAAAUCGGGAGGAAAUGUGCGGAAAUGUGAUAAUUAUGAUGGAGAUGUGUAUUAUUGCAUGAACGAUACCACGACGGAUUUGUCGUUGGAUAGUGCGUGUGCGGGAGCGGCGGAAUUACAUACUUUUUCUGGCUCGCCGACGGUCAUCACUACCAUCGGAGUCGUGCCAACGACAUCCUUCACAAGUACCAUCCUAACAACGAACCCGGCAGUCACAAUCCCUGCAAUAUCCGCUAGUCCAUCCUCUGUAUCAAGCCCACGAGAUUACAGUGUUGCAAUUGGUACCGGAGUUGGCAUUCCACUAGGCGUUCUCAGUGUCGGAAUUCUCAUAUUCCUCUUCACGCGGUAUCAACGGAACAAAAGCCCGGCUGCGAGUGAAAUACCAUAUUCCCGAACUGAGAAAUACGGGUAUGCACCCGAGCUGAGUGUACCUCCGGUUGAGCUACCAUCGGGAGGGACUCAUGAGCUAUCGACAGGGCAGAGGGAAUGA